AUGGGCGACUGGAGCUUUCUGGGGAGACUAUUAGAGAACGCACAGGAGCACUCCACGGUCAUUGGCAAGGUUUGGCUGACGGUCCUGUUCAUCUUCAGGAUCCUGGUGCUGGGCGCCGCAGCUGAGGAGGUGUGGGGGGACGAGCAGUCGGACUUCACGUGUAACACGCAGCAGCCCGGUUGCGAGAACGUCUGCUACGACAAAGCCUUCCCCAUCUCCCACAUCCGCUUCUGGGUGCUGCAGAUCAUCUUUGUGUCCACGCCCACCCUCAUCUACCUGGGCCAUGUGCUGCACAUCGGGCGCAUGGAAGAGAAGAAGAAAGAGCGGGAGGAAGAGCUGCUGAAGGGUGAGAGCCCGCACCACGUUCCGGCUGCACGCUGCGGGCCGGGCGGCCACGGCCAGAAGGACAGGCCGCCGGUGCGGGAUGACCGGGGCAAGAUCCGAAUCGCCGGGGCCCUGCUCCGGACCUACGUCUUCAACAUCAUCUUUAAGACGCUGUUUGAAGUGGGCUUCAUCGCCGGGCAGUACUUUCUGUACGGCUUUGAGCUGAAGCCGCUGUACCGCUGUGACCGGUGGCCCUGCCCCAACACGGUGGACUGCUUCAUCUCCAGGCCCACGGAGAAGACCAUAUUCAUCAUCUUCAUGCUGGCCGUGGCCUGCGUGUCCCUCUUACUCAACAUGCUGGAGAUCUACCACCUGGGCUGGAAGAAGCUUAAACAAGGAAUGACCAACCACUAUCGCUCAGACUCCCCUGAAUCCACGGUGGGGGCCACAAACCCCGGGGGUGUGAGCCCACUCCUCCUCCCCUCCCACUCUGCCCCGCCCACAGUUACCAUCGGAUUCCCGCCUUACUACACUCACUCUGCCUCUUCCCUGGGAAAGGCCACGGCCGCGGGCUACCCCGGAGCCCCUCCACUAGCAACAGACUUCAACCUGGCAGCCCUGAACGAGGCACCGGGAAAGGACCACCCUGCCAAAUUCUACAAUGGCAACCACCACCUGCUAGUGACAGAACAGAACUGGGCCAACCAGGAGGCUGAGCAGCAGACUUCUGCGAGGAAGGCCUCCCCUCCAGCGUCGGCUUCUGCAUCCCUGAGCCCUACAAGCAGUGCCCAGCAGCUCCCUGAGGACGGUGGCGCGGGAAGCAGCGCGCCCGGCCUGUCGCUGAAUGGGCACGGCAGCAGCUUGGGAGAGAGCAAACUGGCAGUGACUCCCGACGACGGGGAGCAGGCAGCGACCACCGCGGUGGAGAUGCACGCGCCUCCUUUGCUCCCGGCAGAGCCGGGCCGAUCAAGCAAGGCCAGUAAGUCCAGCGGCGGCAGGGCCAGACCCAGUGACUUGGCCAUCUAG